CUAAGCCAGCCAGCCCGUGUCACAAUGGUGGCGUGGCAUUUUUAGGAUAUCCGAUUUUUUUUUGCCCCAGCACCGUGACUGUGUCCGUGACCAACAUUAGAUCCGUGAUCAUGAAGCGACGACGAGUCCAAUCAGGUGGUGUUAGUGCUUUAAGCAUGCAACCGAUAAUAUCAACCAGGUCCAACCUGUUGCUAUCAUCGCAGCGAGGGAGUCGGAUAACCGAUUGCGCACCACGCUGCCACUUUCGACAGAACGCUCUCACUGGCAUCUCAUGCACAUGUACCAAGAGCUCCAAUGACAGCUCAGCGCUCAGUACUAGUGCCUAGAUUACGGUACGCCCCACCGAUAACCAAAUGGGAUUCGUAUGAGGCCGGCUUUCUUCCGCGCUCCAUCGCUUCUUCUUUUCAUCCCACUAGCUGCGCGCGACAUGGAAUCACCGCAGCACGCUGUUUCAAGGGCAGACGAGGCCUUGCUCGCUGAGCUCGGGUACAAGCAGGAGUUCAAGCGUGCAUUUACACCCUUAGAGGUCUUUGGUAUAGCUUUCAGUAUUAUUGGCCUACUCCCCUCGAUUGCCUCUGUUCUGUUUUACGCUGUGCCCAAUGGAGGACCAGCUUCGAUGGUGUGGGGUUGGGCAGCUGCAAGUUUUUUUAUCCUCUGCGUAGGGAUGUCAAUGGCCGAAUUGGGUUCCGCAGCGCCAACAUCCGGAGGGUUAUACUUCUGGACACAUUCCUUGUCAUCUCCGCGGUGCAGAAAUUUACUUGCCUGGAUUGUUGGGUACUCAAACACCAUCGGUACCAUAGCGUCGGUUGCAUCUAUUGACUGGGGAUGCGCAGUGCAAGUCAUGGCUGCAAUAUCCAUUGGCUCAGGCCAAGCUUUUACCCCAACAAGUGCCCAAACUUUUGGAGUCUACGUUGCAAUAGUCUUGUCGCACGCAGUGAUAUGCUGCUUGGGAACUGCGGUUCUCGCAAGACUGCAAACAGUUUAUGUUGUGCUUAACGUCUGUUUGUGUCUUGCCGUUAUUAUUGGCCUUCCUGCUGCAACGCCAAAGGCGAACAUGAACAGCGCAAGUUAUGCGCUUGGUAAUUUCACAAAUUUGAACGGCUGGACAGAUGGCUACGCAUUCAUUCUAAGUUUCCUUGCACCGGCAUGGACCAUUGGUUCCUUUGACUCAAGUGUGCAUAUCAGCGAGGAAUCGUCGAAUGCUGCCACUGCUGUUCCAUGGGCCAUUGUAAGCCUCGAACCCGGUAUUUGUUCAAUUACUGAGUGCAUUCCAGGUCAGCGCCAUCGGUAUCGCAGGCAUCCUUGGUUGGGGUACGUAGUAUUUAUUCAUGUUAACUUCUCUAACACUGCCUAUCGUCUUGCAGCAAUCAACGUCUCUCUUACAUUCUGUAUGGGCAGCGACCUGGAGUCCCUUCUGAACAGCCCGGUUGGACAACCCAUGGCCCAAAUUUUCUUCAACAGCUUCGGCCAAAAGGGAACGCUUGCACUGUGGUCCUUCGUCGUGCUUGUUCAAUAUAUGAUGGGCUCGAGCAUGGUCCUUGCAUCAUCCCGCCAAACAUUCGCAUUUUCCCGUGAUGGCGCACUUCCGUUCUCAUCCGUCCUCUAUCGCAUGAACAGCUUCACCAAGACGCCCGUCAACACUGUUUGGUUCGUCGCGAUCAUCUCGAUCAUCCUCGGCUUGUUGUCGUUCGCGGGCCCGCAAGCUAUCAACGCCAUCUUUUCUCUAUCCGUCACAGCGUUAUACAUCGCAUAUUCAAUCCCGAUCAUCGCGCGCUUCGUGUUCAAAAACGACUUCAAGCCUGGUCCCUUCGAUUUAGGCAUCUUUAGCAUUCCAGUUGCGUUCAUUGCCGUGUCGUACAUGUUCAUUAUGGACAUCGCAUUUUUCUUCCCGACGACGCCACAAACUGAUGUUGCGAACAUGAACUACACCGUGGUCGUGCUGGGUGGUAUACUCUUUUUGUCUAUCGUGUGGUACUACUUCCCCGUGUAUGGUGGUGUGCAUUGGUUCACGGGCCCAGUGUCAAACAUUGGGAAGGUAACUGAGGAGAACGCAUCGAGCAUUCGGGAGUCAGAAGAGAAGAAUAUACGUGAGGAUGUUAGGGCGGUACCCGUUGGGGCUUGAUACUAGAGGAUUCCGAUAGGACGAACGAAUCGAGGAGUUUCUUUUAAGCUAGCGGAGACCGAUAUGGAUACUCCACAUAAAUGCGCGAGGAGACUUGGUCUGACACAGCAAUUUGACUGUCAGACGGGAAAUGAUCACGGGAAACUGAAACUGCAGUCGACAGCCAUCAUAGCGGCAACGACGUGGCACGGCCAAACACGAACACCAGUCUAUUCAAUCGAGGUAGGUCUUGUGACAUGCAUAGCGACCAAGAAGCACAGAAGAAGCUUUUAAAGAUGUGAGGUGAUACACGUUGA